GUCAAAAUCCAGUCGAAUGUCGAAAGUGAUUCCUUUUUUCGCGCCAUUUCCGAUAUCCUUUUACGUAGUUUCAUAGAGUCCUUGUGGUUUUAUCGAAAACGAUCCGUCCGGGACCUAUCGAGAAGUUCCUCAAGAGAUACAAAAAUGUGACAUGUUUUGAGAACUCUUUCGUACGUGUAGGAUCAUCCAAAGAUCCUUUAAGGACUCUCUCGGAGCAGCCUAGUACUCUCUCGGGCAUCUAGGACCUUUUGUGAACCUUCCUGGAGAUAUCCUUUAAGUACUCUUUUAGAUAGCUAAGACUUUUUGAGAACCUUUUACCAUUUUAGGUAUCCAGGACCUCUUCAGGAUCAUCCCGUCGAAACGGACAUGUCCGUGGAUUUCCGCUUGGAAUGGAUCAAGGCGAGGGUGCUGAAGAUGCUGAACCUGCAGGGCAGCCAGUACUUCCAGGAGAUGCUGGCCAAAUGCGAGGAACUGGAGUAUGAGCUCACCCAGUUCCUCGACGAGCACCACAAGACCGUCACGCAGGGCUUCUUCUACCUCUACAAGACCUCCUACGAGAAGCUGGUGGAGGAGGAAAUUCAAGUCAAAGUACCGAAAACGGCGAGCGACAAAAAGAAGAAGAAGAAGGAGAAGGACAAACGUACGAAAUCCAGCUUGGCCUUCGUCGAAGGCUACGGCGCCGAAAACAACCAACAAGAGGACCAUUUCCCCGCCGCCGACGAGGAACAAGAACACGAAGAAGCGGCGGGAGAAGAAGAAGAAGCCGACGAAGAAGAGUACUUUGGGGAAGAGGAGGAUUACAUGUACGAGGAAACCGGCGAGGAAUAUCGCUUCUUGGAAGACGAAGACGAAGGGGGCGGCAGGGAGGAGGACCCGGAGACGGCGGUGACGUCGGAGGCGCUGCAGGAGGAGAUGCAGGAGAAGCUGCCUGCGCAACCCGACGGAACGGAGAGCCCUUCGGAAAGGCCCUCCACCAUGCCCGAAGAUGAGGAAAAGGGUGAAGUUAAGAGCGCCAAAUCAUUUGAUGGGAAAAAGGGCCCCAAGGGAAAGGACAAGAAGAAAAAGGGCGGAAAGGGCGGAAAAUCGGAAAAAUCCGAACUGGAAUUGACCGAAGCAGCGCCGAAAAUCGAAUACGUUUUCGUCAAGCAAAAGAUCCAAAGGCUGGCCACCGAUUACUACCUGCACGGCGGCUUCAUGAAAAUCGGCGCCCAAAUGUACGACGGCGGCGAGCCGCAUCGCAUCAUCUACUUGUACAGGCGCACCAAGGAGGGCAUUCCAUUCUUCGAAACGGCCGUCGAGGCCAACUUGGAGAUGCCCAAUUACUUUUUCAUCGGCAGCAGCAACAUCAAUUUCCUCAACAACUUCGUCGACGUCUGUAACAGGAUUUUCACGCCGUUGAUUGCCAAGUCGUUCGUCGAGCCGACGUCGAAGAGAAAAGGGGAAAAGGGCGUGGAGAAGACGAGGAAAACCUCCGAUCAGACCACAGACUUGCCGGACGAUCAGGAAGAGGAGGAGCACGAGCAGAAGGUGGAGAAAACCGACAAGGAAGAGAACAACACCCCCAUCAAGGACGAACUGUCGACGGAAGUGGCCAAUCUAGUCACCUCGUUGUUUUGGGUGUGCGAGCACGUGGAGGACGAGGUGGACCUGCCGAUGGUGGAUUUGAGCGACAUCGUCCACAGCACUCGUCCCGACGACGUUCUGAUCAAAGAUCCCAAAAUCGUGGACAUCUUGGAGGAGGCCGUGACCGGCUGGCAGCUCCAUUUGAUCAAGAUCAUGGAGAAUUACGAGUCGAAGACGCCGGUGGGGCACAGCCCUCUAGCCGAGUACGAUUAUUGGCACGACAUCGAGUCGGCGUUGAGUUCGGUGGUGGAGCAAUUGAAGAAGCCUUUGUUGGUGAGAAUAUCGGACAUGGUCGAUAAGGCCUUGCCCGAUUUGGCCAACAGUUUUCUCUUCCACCAAUUGAGAUUGAGGCGGUACUACGGAAAGGCCAAGGACAACGUGAAGUUUCUGUCGACCAUCGUCAGGUUUCUCAAUACGAUUACUCAAAGCAACGAUUUCAAGAAAAUCACGUUAUCCUUGCCUUUGCUAAUGGACGGGCUCGAAUUGAUAUGGAUUUUAUCGGAUUAUUACAACAACGACACCAUCAUGGUGCCUUUCAUGGAGAGAAUUGUCUGGUGUUUGUUGGACAAAACCAGGAAGGUUUUGAACAAUGAAACCCUAUUCAGGAAUCCCAUAGACGUCGUGAAGAAGCUCACGCAGGACGCCAGCGAGAUGCUGGAAAUGUGGCAAAGCGCCUACAUGACCACCAGGCAAAGGAUAGAGGAUUCCGGAAAAGGGGCCAGGUGGGAAUUCGACAGGAGGAAAUUGUUCAUGGCGUCCAAUUACAUGGCUUCGGUAUGCAAAGACCUGAACGAAGUGUCGACGGUGAUCUUCCACUUCAAGAACAUCUUCGGGCCUCAAUUGCGUUCGAUCGUGAGCGAUCCCCAGAGCAUCGACAACGUCGCCAAGCGCGUCGAUCGGUUGGCCUUUCAAAUCGAAAACACCGAUUUCGACAUAUUCGACGUCAACGGCAAGGAGAAUUGGGACGCCAUUAUGGCCUUGUUCUUCAAGGAGGUGAAGAUAUUGGAAGAGGAGGCGCUGGGCUUCAUCGAUCAGAGCUUCAAGAUGAUCAGGAAUUCUGAGGAUGCCUUGGAAAUGCUGUUGAAAUUCAAGUUAUUCGAAACUAGGGAAAUUAUAAUGAAGAAACUGAUGUCGAAAUUCGACGUGAUUUUGGAUCAAUUUAUAAAGGAAAUAUUGCUGGUGGACAAUUCCUUUACGAGGAACAAAAGACACCCGGUGAUGUACAAGAACAUGCCGGCCAGAGGCAGCGCCAUCUAUUGGGCCAGACUGUUGUACUACAAGUUGAAAAAGCCCAUAUUGAAAUUUCAAAAAGUACCGGAAAUAAUGAAUUCCAAAUUGAAAGCCGACACUUUUCACCAGUACCUCCAACUGGCCAAAGAACUCAAAACCUACGAAAACAGCAAAUUCCAAGAUUGGGUGGACAAUUUCGGCGCCACCAUGGAGGCCGCCAUGCAAAUGGAGAUCCUCAAAUUCGGCUUCAGGGGCUCACUCUCUCUCAUCAUGAAGAAAAGGGGCACCGAAAUUACCACGACUGCAAAGAACCUCCACGCCUCCAAAUCCCUCAGCGUCGCCAGCGAGGCGUGUAAAACCAGAGAAUCGAAAAGGCGAGAAUCGAGCUUUUCUUCGGUGUUCGACGUUCUGGAAAGAAUGAACCAGAAGAACAUGACUUGGAACGAAAUCAUCGGCAAUCACAUGGCCGCAGAUUUAGGUUUGAGAUUCGAAGUGAACUUCGACGAGAACCUGUGGGCUUGCUUCAAAAGCGUGGAGCUUUUGGAGACGAUGAAGUUCGUCCUGCCGGAGAGCUUGAGGAUGAUCGCCAUACAAAAGGAGAAGACCCAGUGGAAUUUGAACGCCGUCACCACCAUGAUAAACAUGUACAUUGAGAUUAUCGAAAGAAUGAACGAAUCGCAGAUGUUCCUGUUGAAGGAAAAGCUCCAGGAAGUGGAACUGAACAUCCAGCCGGGCCUAUCCAGGAUCAAGUGGUCCUCGUUGGGCAUAGCCGACUACGCUGCGCGCAACAUCUCCCUUUUGAGCAACCUCAAAACCCUCUACCUUCAAGUCGAACACGUCGAGCUCGACCUCCUCCAAAUGACCAAGUCCCUGACGCAGAUCAAUUUCUUCGAUUACAUCGUGGACGAUAACAAAGAGAAGAAGAACUACAAGGACUUUUUCGGCGUGAUGAACAACCUGCGUUCGGAGAAAAUGUCGAAGGUGAUGAAAACCUACGAUUCGUUCGCGCCCAUUUUGAUCAAAUUGGAAUCGAUGAUUUUGGCGACGAACACGGGCAGAUCGUUGCAGAUGACGUCCUAUUACAAAUAUUGGGAGGUCGAAUUGUUCAAGGCCUUCACGUUGAUGACGGUGAAGAAUUUGGACACGUGGGCGGCCAAGUUGGAAACCAAUUGUGCCCUCUUCCAAGUGGAGGCGGUCGUCGUGUCGCCGGAGAUCCUGCUGCGGCCCACCGCCACCGAGAUCUACAACUUCCUGGUGCGCAACACCAACAACUUCCUCGAUCGCAUCAAGACGGUGCCGCGCUGGCAGGACAACUCCUGCAUCAAUUGCGAACCGGUGAAGGUGUCGGCGAACGAGGAGUUUCUGCACAACUUCUUCGACCAGGUGGUGCGCGUCGCCGACGUGAACGAUUCGAUCGCCCAUCUGUUCGACGUGGCCAGCAAAGUGGUGACGUCGGUGCUGAGGCAGCUGCAGAAAUGGAUGAGCUUCAAGAACCUGUGGUCGGUCGAUAAGGUGUCGGUGUUGGAGAAGCUGAUCCAAAGGACCACCAACAUAACGGUGUUCGAUGAUAAGUUUAUGUUUUGGCAGGAGAUUGUGAACAAAGUGAACGAGUACGAUCCGUUGACUAACGUCAAUAGUAUACAGUUAAACAUUAAACCGUUGAUGGAAACGAUCAAGGAAAAUUGUUUGGAAUGGAAGGAACUACUCGGGACGAUGAUCGACGAAAACGUCAUCGCCAAAAUGGAGGAUAUGAAGCACAAGAACGACGAAUUGAGACUAUCCGUUAGGAAUAGCAUAAAAGGUUUGGAAAGAUUCAAGAACGUCCUGUUCGCCAUUUCGUCGAUCAUAAAAGGCAACGUCGCCGCCGAAUUGGAAUUCUACAAUUUCCAGGAGACCUACAGGAUGCUGAACCAGCACAACAUCCAUUUCGAUCCCUCCCACGAGGCGCUCGCCUAUCAAUUGGAAAAGGACUGGCAGGUGUUGUUGCUCUCCGCCAUGUACAGAGAGCAACUGCUGGAACCGGCCAAAGAAAGGUACGCCGGACUGACCCAAAACGAAAUCAAAGAAUUCCUGCUCGUCCUCAAGGAAUUCAUGGACCGUUACGUGGCCGAAGGGCCGGAAUCGGUCGGAGAAAACCUCGAUUUAGGUUUGAAGCUGAUGGACGAGUACAGGACGGAAUUCGAAACGUUGGAAGCCAAACGACAGGAAUUGGUCGCCGCCGAAAUGCUCUUCGACAUUCCAUUGGUGGAUUAUUCGGAUUAUCUGAACGCCAAAUACAGCUUCGAAGGGAUCGAAGUGGUUUAUAGGCAUUUCAAGGCCUACAGGCAUGCCAAAGAUAUGUGGGGAAAAACGUUGUGGGCCAACCUGAAUCCCAACACGUUGGUGGACGGCAUCGACAAUUUCAUCAAGAACUUUCGAAAAUUACCGAAGGAAAUCAAAGCGCUGACGGUGGGCGUGACGCUCGACAACGUGCUGAAGCAAUUUCGGAAUUCCGUGCCGUUGAUGGUGUCGCUGAAGAACGAGGCGCUCAGAGAACGCCAUUGGAAGAUGCUGAUGGUGAAGACCGGCAUCGAAUUCGACAUGUCGCCCGAAAAGUUCACCUUGGACAACAUGUUCGCCAUGCAAUUGCACCGCUACCAGGACACCGCCGAAGAGAUAAUCAACAACGCCGUGAAGGAGUUGAGCAUCGAGAAGGGCGUGAAGGAGGUAGCGGACAUUUGGGGCUCGGUGAAUUUCAUCGUGCACAAGCACUCCAAAGGUUUGGAGGACAGAGGUUAUUUGAUCGGUUCCACCGACGACAUCAUGCAGAUAUUGGAGGACAAUUCGAUGAAUUUGCAGAGCAUGGCCGGCUCCCAGUUCGUCGGACCCUUUUUGCCGCUGGUGCAGAAAUGGGAGAGGGCCUUGGCCACCAUCGGAGAGGUUAUCGACCAAUGGUUGCAAGUGCAGAGGAAAUGGUUGUAUUUGGAGGGGAUAUUCGUCGGUGGCGACAUUAGAGCUCAAUUGCCCGAAGAGGCGAGAAAAUUCGACGAUAUCGAUAAGAUUUUCAAGAAGAUCAUGUUGGAAACGUCGAAGAGACCGAACGUGUACGAAUCGUGCACGCAAUCCGGACGAUUGGAGGAAUUUCUGAAAUUGAGCGAAGGUCUGGACAAGUGCCAGAAAUCCCUGAACGAUUAUCUGGAUUCGAAACGCCGACGCUUUCCCAGAUUCUACUUCAUCUCCACCGAUGAAUUGCUAUCGAUAUUGGGCAGCAGCGAACACACCUGCGUCCAGGAGCACAUGAUCAAGAUGUUCGACAACAUCAAGGCCCUCAGGUUCUCGAUCGACGCCCAAGAACGCCCGACGGCCGUCGCCCUGAUAUCGGGCGAGGGCGAGGUGAUGGAGUUUCGCACGCCCGUCCUCAUCGAAGGCAAAGUCGAAGAAUGGAUGAACGAGGUGCUGAAGGAGAUGCGCAAGGCCAAUCGCUACAUAUCCAAAUGCGCCAUCUUCAACUACGGCAAGGUCAGGCGGCCCCGCUACCAAUGGAUGCUCGACUUCCAGGGCAUGGUCAUUUUGGCCGGCAGUCAGGUGUGGUGGACGGCCGAAGUGGAGAACGUGUUCGCCAUGUUCAAGAAGGGCAACAAGCGCGCCAUGAAGGAGUACCUCGGCCAGUUGAACAAGCAACUCGACGAGAUCGUGUUCACGGUGCGCGGCGAGCUGACGCCCAACGAUCGAUCGAAGUUUCGCACGGUCGCCAUCAUCGAGGUGCACGCGCGCGACAUCAUCGAGGGCUUCGUCAAGGACAGCGUCACCGACAUCAGCGAAUUCGAGUGGGAGAGCCAGCUGAGGUUCUACUGGGUGAACAACAUGGAUAAUUUGUACGUGACGCAGUGCACCGGAUCCUUCGAGUACGGUUACGAGUACAUGGGGUUGAACGGGCGGCUGGUGAUCACGCCGUUGACGGACAGGAUUUACCUGACGGUCACGCAGGCGUUGAUAAUGCACAUGGGCGGCGCGCCGGCCGGCCCGGCGGGUACCGGCAAAACGGAGACCGUCAAGGAUCUGGCCAAGGCCAUGGCGUUGCUUUGCAUGGUGACGAAUUGCGGCGAAGGGAUGGAUUUCAAGGCGAUCGGCACCAAUUUGGCCGGUUUGGCGCAAUGCGGCGCUUGGGGAUGCUUCGACGAGUUCAACAGAAUCGACAUUUCGGUACUGUCGGUAAUCUCCACGCAACUGCAAACCAUCCGUUCCGCCUUGAUGAUGCGCUUGGAGAAAUUCACGUUCGAAGGCAACGAGAUCUCGUUGGACUGCAAAGUGGGCAUUUUCAUCACGAUGAAUCCGGGUUACGCGGGUCGCACCGAAUUGCCCGAAUCCGUCAAGGCGCUCUUUCGCCCCGUCGUCUGCAUCGUGCCCGAUUUGGAGAUGAUCUGCAUGAUAUCCCUCUUCUCCGACGGCUUUUUGGAGUCCAAGGUGCUCGCCAAGAAGAUGACGGUGCUGUACAAACUGGCCAGGGAGCAAUUGUCCAAGCAGUCCCACUACGAUUGGGGUCUGAGAGCCCUGAACGCCGUCUUGAGAAUGGCGGGCGUUUUGAAAAGAGCCUCGCCCGACAUCAAGGAGACCUUGGUGCUGAUGAGGGCGCUGCGCGACAUGAACCAUCCCAAAUUCGUGUUCGAGGACGUGCCCCUAUUUCUGGGCCUCAUCAAGGAUCUGUUUCCCGGAAUGGAUUGCCCGAGAGUGGGCUAUCCGGAUUUCAACGCCGCCGUCGAGCACAUCCUCAAAGAGGACAAGUUCAUCAUCAUGCCGCACCAAAUCGACAAAGUCGUCCAAAUGUACGAGACGAUGAUGACCAGGCACUCGACGAUGUUGGUGGGACCGACGGGUGGCGGCAAGACCGUCGUCAUCAACACGCUGUGCAAGGCGCAAAUCAACAUGAACCUGCCCACCAGGAUCCAGGCGCUCAAUCCCAAGGCCUGCUCGGUGAUCGAACUCUACGGGAUUUUGGAUCCGGUCAGCAGAGAUUGGACCGACGGGUUGCUGUCCAACAUCUUCAGGGAGAUGAACAGGCCGACGGAGAAGAGCGAGAGAAGGUACAUUCUAUUCGAUGGAGAUGUUGAUGCUCUGUGGAUCGAAAACAUGAAUUCCGUAAUGGACGAUAAUAAAUUGUUGACUUUGGCUAAUGGAGAGAGGAUCCGUUUGAAUACGCCUACCGUCAAUUUGCUGUUCGAAGUUGGAAAUUUAAUUUACGCCUCGCCGGCCACGGUGUCGCGCGCCGGCAUGGUGUACGUCGACCCCAAGAACCUGGGCUACCUGCCCUUCUGGGAGAAGUGGCUGAACGGCAUCCAGAACCCCAUCGAGCGAGGCGCCUACGCCGAGCUGUUCGACAAAUUCAUCCCCGACCUGAUGGCGUACAUCCUCGAAGGCGUGCUGGGCCAGAAGCAGGUGACCCCAUUGAAGACGGUCAUACUGCAAAGUUCGCUCAAUCUGAUGACGCAGUUCUGCUUCAUGAUGGACUCGAUCUAUCCGCAGAACUUGGACUACGUGCCGAAGCCGGACGAGGAGGCCGACAUGGACCUGAUGACGGCCAUAUUCGUCAUUUGCCUGUACCAUUCGUUCGGCGCGCCGCUGGUGGGCCAGUCGCGCUUGGACUUCGACGAUUACAUCAAGUCGCAGAAUUCGCUGAUGUACAUGGACGAUACGCCUGACGCGCCGUGCGAUUUGAGGCACACGCCUCACGCCUUCCCCACCUACUACGACUACUACUUGGACAUCAAGAAGCAGGUGUGGGUGGCGUGGGAGUGGCUGGUGCCGAAGUACGUGCACGAACCGGGUCGGAAGUUUUCGGAGAUCCUCGUGCCCACCAUCGACACGGUGCGCACCACCUUCCUGUUGGACCUGUCGAAUCGCAUUCGACGUCCCAUCGUGCUCAUCGGCGAGACGGGCACGUCGAAGACGGCCGUCAUCCAGGACUUUUUGCGCAACCUCGACAAGGACGUGUUCAUCGUGAUGAACAUCAACUUCUCGUCGCGCACCUCAUCGAUGGACGUGCAGAAGAACUUGGAAUCGUCGGUGGAGAAGCGCACGAAGGAGAUCUACGGACCGCCGAUGGGGAAGAAGUUGAUCUGUUUCAUGGACGACAUGAACAUGCCGCAGGUCGAUGAAUACGGCACGCAACAGCCCAUCGCCCUGUUGAAGUUGCUCUUCGAACGCGGCGGGUUCUACGACAGAGGCAAGGACCUCAACUGGAAGAUCCUGAAGGACAUCUCGUACUUCGCCGCGAUGGGCGUGGCCGGCGGCGGCAGGAACGAGGUGGAUCCACGCUUCAUGUCGAUGUUCACCGUCAUCAACUUGGUGUUCCCCACCACGCACACCCUGCACCGGAUCUACACCAACAUACUCUCCGGCCACCUCAAGAGCUUCCACGACGAGGUCCAGAUCGCCUCCACGCUCAUGAACAUGACCUUGGAACUGUACAAUUUCUGCGUCAACAAACUGCCGCCGACGCCCAGCAAGUUUCACUACAUCUUCAACAUGCGCGACCUGUCCCGGAUCACCGCCGGAAUGUGCGUGACGGUGCCGAAAUUCUACACGAGAACCGCCCAAAUCGUCAGGCUGUGGAGGAACGAGUUUCUGCGCGUCAUCUGCGAUCGCUUGAACAACGAGGAGGAUCUGAACGUGAUGACUCAGAACAUCUUCGAGCAAAUCGACAAGACAUUUAGCAAGAAGACGCGAGACGAAGACGACGACGACGUUUCUUUGGCAGAAAGCGAAGGAUUUGUCGACGAGUACACCGACAUCGUGAGCUACGCGACCAGGGACCCGAUCCUGUUCGGCGACUAUCGCAACGCCACCGCCGACCAAGAGCCGCGCUUCUACGAGGACCUGUUGGACUACGACGCCAUCUACUCGCUGUUCCAGGAGAUCAUCGAGUUGUACAACGAGAAGCACGAUCGCAUGAACAUCGUGCUGUUCAACGACGCCCUCGAACACCUGACGCGCAUCCACAGAGGGCUGCGCUUGGAGAAGGGCCACAUGCUGUUGAUCGGCGUCGGCGGUUCGGGAAAGAAGAGUUUCAGCUGUUUGGCGGCUUAUACUGCUGAAUGCGAGGUGUUUUCGAUCAAUUUGUGCAGAGGUUACAACGAGCAACUGUUCAAAGAAGAUCUGAAGAAGCUGUUCACCGUCCUCGGCGUCGACAACAAGAAGACGUGCUUCUUCUUUACGGCCGCCCAGAUCGUCGAAGAGGGUUUCCUGGAGUUCAUCAACAACAUCCUGAUGAUCGGCUACGUGCCGUCGUUGUUCACCGACGACGAGCGCGAGCAGUUGAUCAACAACGCGCGGGCGGCGGCCAAAAAGGCCGGCUACAGCGUCACCAAGGACGCCGUGUGGCAGUACUUUUUGCACACGUGCAACGAGAACUUGCACGUGGUGCUGUCGAUGAGUUCGGUGGGCGACGUCUUGAGCAAGAGAUGCAGGAAUUUCCCCGGAUUGGUGAACAACACGACCAUCGAUUGGAUAUUCCCGUGGCCGGUGCAAGCUCUGGUGGCCGUCGCGUCGGUUUUCCUCAAGGAAAACCCGAAAAUACCGGAGAUGUACCGCGACGAGAUCAUCGAGCACGUGGUCUACGUCCAUCAAUCGGUCAUCGACUAUAGCUUCGAGUAUUUGCUGAAGCUGCGCCGGAAGAACUUCGUCACGCCCAAGCACUACUUGGAUUUCAUCGGAUCUUACUUGAGACUGUUGGAAGAAGAAGACGGCUCGGUGAACGCCCAAUGCGACCGAUUGAACAGCGGCCUGACGAAGAUAGCCGAGGCCAGCGCCGACUUGGACAUUUUGAACGAAAAGUUGGCCGUGCAACAGGUGGUGGUCAAGCAGGCGGCCGAAGAUUGCGAAGUGAUGCUGAUCGAAAUCGACGAAAGCACGAAGAUAGCCGUGGAAAAGAAGGACGUGGCAUCGCUGAAGAGCGUCGAGAUCGAGGAGCAAUCGAAGAUCAUCAAGGUGGAACAGUCCGAGGCGGAGGCCUCUUUGGCGCUGGCGCUGCCCGUCUUGGAGAACGCCCGAUUGGCCUUGGGCGAAUUGGACAAGGCCGAUAUCACGGAGAUCAGAUCGUUUACGACGCCGCCCGAGCCCGUCCAAAUCAUCUGCGAAUGCGUUCUGAUAUUGAGGGGCUACAGGGAAAUCAAUUGGAAGGCCGCGAAGGCCAUGAUGGCGGAAUCGAAUUUCCUGAAGAGCCUGCAGGACAUGAACUGCGACCUGAUCACCAUCAGCCAACAGAGGGCCACCAAAAAUCACAUGGCGAAAUCGUCGAAGCUGAGCGAAAUGAAGAACAUCAGUAAAGCCGGUUACGGGCUGUUGCGCUUCGUCCAGGCCGUCCUCGGCUACUGCGAGGUGUUCAAGGAGGUGAAGCCGAAGAAGGAGAAGGUCGAGCAGCUGCAGAAGGACUUCGCGACGGCGCAGCGCUUCCUCGAGCGCCUCCAGAACGAGAUCAAGAACCUCGAGAAGAAGCUGGACGAUUUGAACGCCAAGUACACCGCGGCGAUGAUCAGGCGCAAGGAGCUGCAGGAGGAGACCGAGCUGAUGCUGAAGCGGUCCAUAGCCGCCGAUAAGUUGAUCAACGGUUUGAGUUCGGAGCAGGCCAGAUGGAAGGAAGAUUUGGCAGAGUUGUAUAGGGACAAGGAGAGGUUGAUCGGUAUUUGUUUGCUGUGUUCGGGUUUCCUGGCCUACUGCGGUCCGUUUACGUUCGAAUUUAGGAGGGAAAUGGUGUACGAAAAUUGGUACGAGGAUCUCGUCAGGAGGCAAAUUCCCCUAUCGGAAAAUUUUAGAUUGGAAUUAUUCCUGACUACCGAAGUGGAAAUCAGCCAAUGGAAUUCGGAAAAUUUGCCACCGGAUGAGCUUUCCAUACAAAACGGUAUUUUGACGUUGAAAGGAUCCAGAUUUCCUUUGUGCAUCGAUCCCCAACAGCAGGCCUUGAAUUGGAUCAAAAAGAAGGAGGAAAAAUACAAAAUGAAGGUAUUGAACUUCAACGAUCCCGAAUUCCUCAAGUUCCUGGACAUGGCCAUCAAGUACGGCUCGCCGGUCCUCUUCCAGGACGUGGACGAUUACGUGGACCCCGUCGCCGAGCCGGUCAUCAUGAAGAACGUGCGCAUCGUGUCCGGCAGGGUGUUCAUCGUCUUGGGCGACAAGGAGGUCGAUUGGGAUCCGCACUUUAGGCUCUACAUGACCACCAAAUUGGCCAAUCCCCAGUUCAAUCCCAACGUCUACGCCAUCGCAUUGGUCAUCAAUUACACGGUGACCGUGUCCGGUUUGGAAGAUCAAUUGCUGAGCGUGGUCGUGCGAAACGAACGUCCCGAUCUCGAAGAGCAAAAAGAGACUCUGAUAGCCGAGACCAGCGACAACAAGAACCUGCUCAAGCAGCUGGAGGAUUCUCUUUUGCUGGAACUGGCCACCACCACCGGGAAUAUGCUGGAUAACGUCGAAUUGGUCCAAACGUUGGAAAACACGAAAUUCAAGGCCGGAGAGGUGAUGGAGAAAAUCAGGUUGGCCGAGGAAACCGGUAAAAAUAUAGACGUGUUGAGAAACGGUUACAGAUCGGUUGCCAAAAGGGGAUCAGUUUUAUUUUUCGUUUUGUCCGAUUUGUCCGGCGUCAACGCAAUGUAUCAAUUCUCUUUGGGAUCCUAUUUGGAGGUUUUCGCGUUUUCAUUGAGAAAAGCUCCAUUGCAUACGCUGUUAGCCAAACGGCUGUUAAAUAUAAUCAAUACGUUAACGAAAAAUGUCUACGAUUACGGUUGUACGGGAAUUUUCGAAAAGCACAAAUUGCUAUUUUCGUUUCUGAUGACCUACAAAUUGGAGCAAAGCGAAGACAAAAUCACCCAAGGAGAAAUCGAUUUUUUCAUUAAGGGUUCCAUUAGCUUGGAGAAAACGGAAAUACCGAGCCCUGCUCCGUGGAUUUCCACCCAAAAUUGGGACAACAUCGUAAAGAUGAGCCAGGAAUUUCCCGAAUCGUUCUCGAACAUCGUCGAGGAAAUUCAGAAAGAACCGAACGUUUGGUACGCUUGGAGCGAUUCCGAUCAACCGGAGAGCGAAGGGAUUCCCUACGGUUACAAGGAACGAUUGCCGCCCUUUCACAUGCUCCUCUUGCUCAGAUGCUUCAGAAUAGACAGGGUGUUCAGGGCGGUGGCGAAUUACAUUAUAGAAACGAUGGGCGAAGAGUACAUAAUGCCGCCGGUGAUCAGUUUCGAGAAUAUCUACGAGCAGAGCAGCCCCACCACGCCCGUCGUGUUCAUUCUGAGUCCCGGCUCAGAUCCCACGGCCGAACUGAUGAAACUCGGCGAACGGUACGACUUCGCCGGCGGCAGGUUCAGGUUCCUGUCGCUGGGCCAGGGCCAGGAACCGGUGGCGCUCAACCUGUUGGACACGGCCAUUUCGCGCGGCCUCUGGCUGAUGUUCCAGAACUGCCAUCUGUUGAUCACGUUCAUCCGCCGGCUGGAGAAGCAACUGGAGCGGAUCAGCAAGCCGAAUCCGGACUUUCGGCUGUGGCUCACCACCGAUCCGGUGGCUACGUUUCCGGUGGGCGUGCUGCAGAGGUCGCUCAAAGUGGUCACCGAGCCGCCCAACGGCCUGAAGCUGAACCUGCGCAACACCUACUUCAAGAUGCGCGCCCAAACGUUGAACGAGUGCCCGCACCCGCUCUUCCGUUCGCUCGUCUUCGUCCUGGCCUUCUUCCACGCCGUCGUCCAGGAGCGACGCAAGUACGACAAAAUCGGCUGGAACAUCUGCUACGACUUCAACGAAUCCGAUUUCAACGUGUGCAUCCUCAUCCUCAACACCUACCUGACGAAGGCGCACCGGAUGCGCGAUCCGCGCGUCCCCUGGGGCAGCCUCAAGUACCUCAUCGGCGAGGUGAUGUACGGCGGUCGCGUCAUCGACGACUUCGAUCGGCGCAUCGUCCGCACGUACAUGAACGAGUACAUGGGGGAUUUUCUGUUCGACACGUUCCAGCCGUUCCACUUCUACAGGGACAACGUGGUCGAUUAUUACAUACCGCCCGACGGUACCAAGGACGAGUACGUGCAAUUCGUCGAGGAGCUGCCGCUGUCGAAUACGCCCGACGUGUUCGGAUUGCAUCCGAACGCCGAGAUCGGGUACUAUACGCAGGCGACCAAGGAGAUGUGGGCCACGUUGAUCGAGCUGCAGCCGCAGACUACCGGCAGUGGAGAAGGAAUUAGCAGAGAAGAAUUUAUCGAUUUGGUGGCCAAAGAUAUUUUGAAGAAAAUACCGGAGGAAUACGAAAUAUGGCGAGUGCGUCGGUACUUUCAAAGGACAAUGUCUCCUACUGUUAUAGUACUAUUGCAAGAACUCGAAAGAUUCAACAAAUUGAUAACGACAAUCAGACGUACGCUGAUCCAAUUGGGCAAGGCGCUCGCCGGCGAGAUCGGCAUGGAUUCGGUGUUGGACAACGUGGCCGUGUCGUUGUUCAACGGCCAAUUGCCGGCGUCGUGGAGGAAAUUGGCGCCGGCCACCUGCAAGAAUUUGUCCACGUGGAUGGAGCAUUUCGAAAACAGGCAGGCGCAGUUUUUCCAAUGGUCAACGUCCGGCGAACCGACGGUCUUGUGGCUAUCGGGCAUCCACAUACCGGAAACUUAUCUUGCGGCCCUCGUACAAAUCGCCUGCCGUUUGCACAAUUGGCCAUUGGACAGGUCAACAUUAUACACUUCGGUCACGGAAUACUUGGAUCCCGCCGAUGUUAAUUUACGCCCACCCGCUGGCAAUUGCCUGAUAACGGGGCUCUAUCUGGAAGGGGCCUCGUGGGACGUGGAGAACAGCUGCCUGAAGAAAUCGAAACCGAAGGUUCUGAUCGAACGGAUGCCCGUCAUCAAGGUGGUACCGAUCGAAACGUACCGCUUGAAAUUGCAGAACACGUUCCGGACGCCCGUCUAUACGACGUCGUUGCGUCGCAACGCCAUGGGCGUCGGUUUGGUGUUCGAGGCGGAUCUGAGGACGACCGAACAUUUGAGUUUGUGGGUGUUGCAGGGGGUUUGUUUGGUUUUGAAUACCGAUUGAUUGAUUGAUUGAUCGAUUUUUUUAGUUUAUUUGUUUAUUAAUAAUUCGUAUAAUAAACGUGUGA